CUGCGCUGUUUCCACAGCAGGACCGGUGCUGCUCAGCCCACUGCAACCGCGGCAGGCUACUUCCGUUCCGCAGAGGGCGACAGGCAACAGCCAGCCGAGACUGUGGCGGAGGUCCAGACACAAUAGACGGGGUUCCGGCUCUUCUCCAAUUCAAACCGGUAUGUCGGAUGAGGAUUCCCGUGCAAGCACCAGCUCUUCCUCGUCGCCACCUUCCUCCAGCCAAACCAGACAGAGGGACACGCCUUGCAAGAAGAAACGGGAGAGCAAAGCCAGCAUGAGCAAGACCUCCAAGCUGCUUUCCACCAGCGCCAAAAGGAUUCAGAAAGAGCUGGCUGACAUUACACUGGACCCUCCACCAAACUGCAGUGCUGGCCCCAAAGGAGACAACAUCUAUGAGUGGAGGUCGACCAUCCUGGGACCACCGGGCUCCGUGUACGAGGGAGGCGUCUUCUUCCUGGACAUCGCCUUCACACCAGACUACCCCUUCAAACCGCCCAAGGUAACAUUUCGUACGAGGAUCUAUCACUGCAACAUCAACAGUCAGGGUGUGAUCUGUCUGGACAUCCUGAAGGACAACUGGAGCCCCGCCCUCACCAUCUCCAAGGUGCUGCUGUCCAUCUGCUCCCUGCUCACAGACUGUAACCCAGCUGAUCCCCUGGUGGGAAGCAUCGCCACCCAGUACACGACUAACAGAGCGGAACAUGACCGAACAGCCAAACAGUGGACAAAGCGAUACGCCACAUAAACCCACAGAGGACGUCGGCGGGAGGAGGGGUGGGGGAG